AUGCUUAAUAAGAUGCCAGCUUGGGAUGAGGAGGAUUGUUCAUAUCUCCUCCGUCACAUGGAGUUAACUACAUUUACGAAUGUUGUCACUGCUUUACGAGCUCAGGGAAUUCUCAGCAAAAGCAAGAGUGCAUUUCUUGAAUCAGCCAGAAGAAUUUUUUUCAUUGGUGAUGAGUUGUUUAAAGCAGAAAUUAGAAGAGUCGCUAAUGAUGAAAAUCUUAUAAGAAUUGCUGCCGUCUUGAAUCCUAAUUACGACAGUUAUGCUGAUUGGGGUCUUCUGGGUGCUGAGUUUGAAGACGAACUUGACAAGCCGCAGCCUCGUCUGUUCGACUCCAGCAAUUCUCAGAGUGUUGCCAGUGCCUUAUUAUCUAUUGCUGAUGCUCAUAAUGGGAAAGUAGAGGAAGAUAACUCUAGUCCCAUUUUUGAGACUGGUCAAGUCGGUUGCGUACCAGACAACCUGAGGGCUAUGUUUGAUGGUCAGAGUGACGUUUUGAAAAAAGUGAAUGAUGCUCUCGCCAAGUCACGCAAGGAGAAUAAAGAAAAAUAUGAUAAAAUCUUCGCUCGGGAGAAAACAAUCGAACCAGAUGACUCGGACACGGAAGAAGCUGGGGAAGUACCAACGUCGUCACAUAAUAACUCCGUUGUCAAUGUUGGAAAAGUUGACGAAAACCUUGCAGACUCAACGAAGACACCUGCAGACAAGCCCACUCACUUGCCUAUUGAGAAACUUAGAAUUCCUAUUGACAAAAUAAAGACCCCUCUCGCGAAGUCGAGGACUCCAACUGAAAAAGCAAAAACACCAUCUGAGAAAGCCAGAGCAUCAGCCGAAAAGUCUAAGGAAAAGUCAAAGGCAUGGACUGAUAAGUUAAAAGCUAUGGAGAAUGCAGAGCUGUCAUUAGGAAAAGCAAGUACUUCUACAAGUUCUCCUCAUGAAAAAGCUAGACCUAAAACAGCUGCUGAAAAGGCCAAGUUAUCAACUGAUCCUGUACGUUCAGCUGUAGAUGAAGAAGUGCUGAAGCUUUUAAAGCGAGCAUCCGCUGAGUCUGAAAGAGCUGAAAUGAAAGCUGGUCAGAACGCUAAACAGAUGUCUGCUGGAGUAACGACUUCGCAAAGAAAACCCAACUCUGAGCAUAAAUUGUCGGUUGCCGAAUUGAAUGUUCAAAAAGAAUUAAUGAAGAGGGCUGGAGAAGUAGAGAGUGCUAUUGCUAAAAAAGCAGCAGCAAUGGCAGCCUAUAAAUCUCCAAUUGUAGCUAAAACUUCUUCUUAUCCAUCUGUCCCAGUUGCGAGAACCGUCUCAGGAGUUUCGUCUGUUAAUGAUAUAAUGGAUAAUAGACGAAUAGAAAGAUCUGCAGAACCAAGUGCUUUAAGGAAAGAAUUGGAGAAGUCCACUGAGUAUAGUAGGCCGUUAGCUGGUCUUACGGUCAGCGCUGAUGUUCGGCGUCAAUUAGAAGCAAAAACUUUGGAAGCUAGAGCGUAUGAAGCUAAAAGCCUAGAAUCUAGAUCCCGAGAAUCGAAAGCCUUAGAAGCUACAACCGCAGAGCUACGAGCAUUAGAAGCACAGAUUCAAGAGUCUAGAGUCUUAGAAGUUAAAACUGUCGAUACAAAGUCUUUGGAGGCAAAAUCAAGUGAACAUAGGGGAUAUGAUGCCCGAGCACUUGACAUGCAUACUUUCGAAGCUAAAACUUUGAAGUCUUUCGUUAUGGAAGCAAAAGCACUAGAAGCUAGAGCACUCGAAGAGAAGGCUUUGGAGAAUAGAUCUUAUGCAACAAGCACCGGGAAACUAAGCACUAAUCUAGCAGCUGAUCCAUCUAGACGUGUUGCAUCCACUCAUCAGUUAUCAUCAUCCAGACUUGAAAGCACAGUGGCGACGGAAGAGGAACAAAAUCAAAAAGUAGCUGAGAUAAUGGAUAGAAUACAAAGGCGUCGACCAAAGCCAACGGAACCAGCCGAUAAAAUACAACUGCCUCCAUCACAGUCGAGGGCACCUCCUCGUCCUGUUGCCGGAUUUCUCCCUGUAUCUCCAAGAGUUCCCAAUUUGACGAUAACCAGCUCCUCUAACUCUCCAGUUCUUCCAAAGCGUCCUCGUCUUUCAUCUGGCUCUGAGGGAACAUCUAGUCCGUCUUAUCCUAAGGAAUACCCUGUGAUGAGAGCUCCAGUUAGUGGAGCAGCUGCGAAACAGAAACAUGUUCCGGGAAUCCUACAACAUGAUGGUCAGAGGAAGCCUAGGACUGUUUCCCAAAGUUCAUCUUGCUCUUAUCUAGGUCCAGCCAGAUCAUCAAAUAGCCCGGUUCGGCCACAGGUUCGGCCUGUGGGUGUCUCUUCUCUAACGAUCUCGAGUAUGAAUCCUUCUAUGAGCCCUCAAGAUACAGGCAGUCAUCAUGGACAUGGUCAUGAUUACGGAGUUUCGAAUCCUAACAGAUCUCAUUAUAGACCACUGGCGAUGGGUCAGCAUUCUUCAACUGACCCCUAUUACAAAUCUUCGCCUCCCUCAAGACAGCGGAUACCCACUUCAACCCCGAUAUCCUUUAAUCAAAAUACCAACUUGUUCCCGGUUGUUCGAAGAGUGGGACAAGUUAUGUUCCGCCGGGACGGUACUGGUAAUAUCAUCUCCGAGCCAUCAUCUUCUCAGAUUGGCCGGAGAAUGGGUGGCGUCGGUAAUAACGUGACAGCAGCAUCAGUAGAAAGAAUGAGAGAGAGAAUGGAACAGCCGCGAUAUGAGCAUUCAAAUGUUCCGUCAACAUCUCCUUUACAUACACAUUCUUCACAUGCUAUUGACAUCUCAAAUGCCAGACAGUUGUCUACUUCUCAAUCUCGCCAAUCACAUGUGUCUGUUCCAUCUGUCUCGGUCGAAGCAUCUAGACCGGGUGUAUCUGUACAGGCGAACCAAGAAGUCGCGUCAAAAGACAAAAAAACUGACCCGAUGAAUACUAAGUUUUCUCGUUGA